AGGGCCGUAUUCUGAAAAGGAACUUGAGCACCCAGUCGGACUUGACUUGGACGUGAGUUGGACUUCGGUGUAAAAUGGGUAUUCAGAGACCAAACUCGAGUUUCGAGUUCGAGAAGAGCUCAAGUUCAGCUUGAGGGGCUUCAAGUACGACCUGGAGUUGGCUUGGUAUUCAAAUACGCACGAAGUAGGAAAUUAAGAUACGAAUUUUGCCAUUUCGAGUUGGAACCUCGAGUCUGGUCAAGGGCUGCUUCGACAUCGUACUUGGGUAUGGCCAAAUCGCAUUGUAGUGUUCGGUGAGUUGUGGCCAGGCAGAUAGCAUUGAAAAUGGAUGUGUUAUAUGUCGCAGAAGUUGCGGAAAUUAUCAGACGGCAUACCGGACCUCGUAGAUACUUGAAAGAUCAACAAAAUCCACUUGAGAUUUUGACCGAUGUACAGUUUGUUGAUCGUUACAGACUCACAAAAGACGGCGUAGUAAACUUCAUGGCUUUUUUACACGAAGAUCUAGCGAAAGUCAACAAUAGGGGUUCGCCGCUACCGCCACUAUUGAAAUUCACCGUCGUGCUCCGUUUUUACGCAACUGGGUGCUUUCAGGUUGUAUCGGGAGACCUUGAAGGAGUUUCCCAGCCAACUGUUAGUAGACUGGUGAAGGAGGUUAGCAGAAUCAUUGCAAUAAAACAUGAUGACUUCAUAAAAUUUCCCACCAACCCACAAGAUGUUCGAACGCAGGCGAUCAAGUUCUAUCAGAAAUCUGGAUUUCCAGGCGUAGUUGGCGCGCUGGACUGCACUCAUAUAAAAAUUCAGUCUCCUGGAGGUCAGCACGCUGAACUGUUCAGAAACCGUAAGGGUUAUUUCUCCAUUAACGUUCAAGCGGUGUGUGACGCGGACAUGCUACUCACGAAUGUUGUCGCGCGCUGGAGAGCGGUGUGUGACGCGGACAUGCUACUCACGGAUGUUGUCGCGCGCUGGAGAGGUUCAGUUCACGAUGCUAGAAUUUUUGACAACAGCUCUUUGCGGGAAAAGUUUGAAAACAGCACAUAUACAAAUAUGCUGGUGGCGGACAACGGUUACGGAUGUAAGCCUUACGUUAUGACGCCGUUUCUGACAUCACGAUGUGUUGCUGAGCAAAGAUUCAAUAAAUCACUGAUAAAAUCUAGGAUCACUAUAGAACGCACUUUUGGUGUUUGGAAAAGGGUCUUUCCUUGCCUUUCUUUUGGACUACGCACCAAGAUUGAUACCACAAUGACAAUCAUUAUUGCGACUGCUGUGCUGUACAACUUUGCAAGGCAACAAAGAAUCAUCACUGACGACUAUUAUGCAGAGAUACAGGAUAACAAUAUUUCAACAAUUAUGGUAGGACCUCAAGCUCAAGGCAACAAUGUCGCUGGCUUAGAUAAAAGGAGGCAGAUUGUGCAGAGCCAUUUUACCCGUUGAAUACUGAAAUUAUGGAACGGUUGAAGGUCCAAAUACCAAAAAAAACAAAAAUUUAGGCUUAUUCAUGUGAUUUCUAAACGCAAACAUAUGUAAACAGUCAACAUUGAAUUCAAAUAAAUGUCCAAUUUUACAAUGCAA